AUGUUUGGGGCCUUCAGAGCGACGAAUUCCCUGAGCGGGGGUCUUCUAUGGAAGAUCCCAUGGCGCCUCUCCCCCACGCAAAAGUACCGCCAACGACAGAGGCUAAAGGCCGUCGAUAAAGUCGUCGAGACACUGAGCACGGCGCUGGCGAAGAAGGGCGAGACGGUCAAGUCGUUGGAGCGGUGGAAGGCCGAGAUGCCUACCGAGGCUGAGAUGCUGGCGAAGGACAAGUACACCAUUUUCGACCGGAAAGAGAAGAGAUACCGUAAGGGCAUUCACAAACUCCCCAAGUGGACUCGCGUGUCGCAAAGACUCAACCCACCUGGUUUCUAA